UUCAUAUUAUCAAAACAUUUAACAAUAGUCAAUAGCUUAAGAAAAAAAAAAUAAAAUGAAAACAAUAUUAUUAUAUUAACCAAUAAUAACUACUACCUAGUCUGUGAAUGCAAAACAAACACCUUUUAUUACUUAAUAUUAUAUUUAAUUAAACCAUCAGAGUUCCUGUCUUCUGACUACAACUGCAGCUUUAAGUACAACAUAGAAUACUUCGAUUACCUACCUUACAUAUUAAUUAACAACAACAGUACAGAUAACUGGUUUUCUAUUUUUUUUUUUCUAUUUAAGUAAUUUAAAGAUGGCAAGAAAACGUCGUAGCACUACAGAAAUAAAUACAGCAGAAAAUGCAUCAGUUCCCAAACGUCGUUUUACAAGUGCACAAAGAACGCAAAGUAGACUUGAAGAAAUGAUGGCUUUUAAUCAUAAAAAAUGUUUAAGUUGGUUUCACAAAUACACCAACGAUUCGAGUGAUACCUUAGGACCUGAAGGUAUGGAAAAAUUUUGCUUGGAUAUUGGAGUGGAACCAGAAGAUUUAGUUAUGCUUGUAUUGGCAUGGAAAAUGAAUGCCAAAUCUAUGGGCUAUUUUACGAGUACAGAAUGGUUAAAAGGACUAACAGAAUUACAGUGUGAUUCCAUAAAAAAAUUACAGAGCAAGCUAGAUUCAUUGCGAUUAUGCUUUAACGAUCCAUUAAUGUUCAAAAGUAUUUAUAGAUAUGCAUAUGACUUUGCUAGAGAUAAAGAUCAACGAAGUAUGGAUAUAGAAACUGCCAAACUGAUGUUAAAUUUAUUACUUGGAAAACAGUGGAAACUUUAUCCGUUGUUUUCUAGAUUUAUAGACCAAUCCAAGUACAGAGUUAUCAAUAAAGAUCAAUGGUGCAAUAUAUUAGAGUUUUCCAGAUCUAUUAAUGCAGAUUUAUCCAAUUACGACAUUGACGGAGCGUGGCCUGUUAUGUUGGACGAGUUUGUAGAUUGGCUAAAGCAAAAUGAGAGCUGAAACAAAAAGUGUACCAUUAGAUAUACCAGAGCUACAUUCUGGACCGACCUAAUAGUUAUUAAAAUAUAUUCAAAUAAAAGAAAUCGAUCUCUUGAACGCUUUUUUUUUUCAUUUUUCAUGUAAAGACUAUUUUUUGUUCAAAUUAAAUCGCUAGAUUUACCGGUCUCUUAAAAAUAAAUACAAUUAUAUUUAUUUAUUAUUUUUUAUUUAUAUAUCUAUGGAUAAUUUACAAAAAUAAAUAAAUCAUCACAGGUCACUUUUUUUCUUUCUUUUUUUAUGUAUGUUUUAUAUAGUAACUACAAUUCAUUAAUAAUUAAUAAAAUUAAUUUAAAAAAUCGGACACUUAAAUAUU